AUGGUUUUUUGCGGAGCACUGAAAGUGAAAUGGAAAACAAAAACUCGUAUACGGGAUGUCAUCCUCUAUUAUGACAUCCAGACUAUGAUAUUCGCCGACAAAAAGAUGAAUAGAUUUGGCGGUCAGUCGAGUCCGUGGGCGUCGGGGGCGCCGCCGAUGUAUGGGCACAACAAUCACGCGCCUCCACCGCCGCCCCAAUACGGCGGACAACAGGCGUACGGACAGAGCGGGCCGUGGAAUGUGUCGCCGCAGAUGAGGAACACUGGCGGCGGAGGAGGCGGUGGUGGCGGCGGUUGGGGAGCGCCCGCACCCCUCCCUAUGCAACACUCCUAUCAACCGCAACAACAGCGCCGACCCGGCGGUGGAUUCAAUAUGAGACCCGUAUGUCUGUCAGCAGUUGAUUAUGUUAAGUGUGUUUCUCACGCGUUGCCAUUACAGCCAAUGUCUGGUCCGACCGGCAAACGCGGCAAUCAGGGCGGUUGGGAGGGCCCGCCCAACAAGCGCUUCAAUAACAAAGGCAAUCGCGGCGGCGGACAGGGAGGAGGCGGUGGCGGAAACUGGCGUCAGGGCGGAGGCGGCGGUGCCGGCCAUCAGAACAAACAGAAUAACCGCAACUUUAAUAACAAUCAGCGAAACAACAAUAAUAAUAACCGAAACAAUAGUAAUAAUCGGGAAAUCAAUCGAAGCAAACAAAACGAUACACAACUGGAAAGAUGCAUCAAAUGGACGCCACAUUUCGGACAACGUUUUGGUGACAAUGAGUAC